GCUUCUGAUCGGCCUCUGUCUUCCGCUCUCCCCUAGGCGAGGGGACGCUGGGACCCGGGCGGCCGAGCCCCCUCCUGCCGCGUCGCGAGCCCCUGCCGGCCGCCAUGCCGCCCCCCGCGGACAUCGUGAAGGUGGCCAUCGAGUGCCCGGGGGCCUUCCCCAAACUCAUGGAGAUCGACCAGAAGAAGCCCCUGUCGGCGGUGAUAAAGGAAGUCUGUGAUGGGUGGACGCUGACCAACCACGAGUGCUUCGCCCUGCAGCACGCGGACAGCUCCAACUUCUACAUCACAGAGAAGAAUCGCAACGAAAUAAAGAAUGGGGCCAUUCUGCGGCUGGCAACCUCGCCGGCUCAAAACGCCCAGCAGCUCCAUGAGCGGAUCCAGUCUUCGAGCAUGGACGCCAAGCUGGAGGCCCUGAAAGAUCUGGCCAGCUAUUCCCGGGACAUCACGUUUGCCCAGGAGUUCAUCAAUCUGGACGGGAUCUCCCUUCUCACCCAGAUGGUGGAAAGCGGGACAGAGCGAUACCAGAAGCUCCAGAAGAUCAUGAAGCCCUGCUUCGGAGACAUGCUGUCCUUCACGCUGACCGCCUUCGUGGAGCUGAUGGACCACGGCAUCGUGUCCUGGGACACCUUCUCUGUGGCCUUCAUCAAGAAGAUCGCGAGCUUCGUGAACAAGUCCGCCAUCGACAUCUCCAUUCUCCAGCGCUCGCUGGCCAUCCUGGAGUCCAUGGUCCUGAACAGCCACGACCUCUACCAGAAGGUGGCGCAAGAGAUCACCAUCGGCCAGCUCAUCCCCCACCUGCAGGGGACAGACCAAGAAAUCCAGACGUACACCAUCGCUGUGAUCAACGCCCUCUUCCUCAAGGCCCCUGAUGAGAAGCGGCAGGAGAUGGCGAACAUCUUGGCUCAGAAGCAGCUCCGCUCCAUCAUCCUGAUGCACGUCAUCCGGGCCCAGAGAGCCAUCAACAACGAGAUGGCCCAUCAGCUGUACGUGCUGCAGGUCCUGACCUUCAACCUCCUGGAGGACAGAAUGAUGACCAAGAUGGACCCGCAGGAUCAGGCGCAGAGGGACAUCAUCUUCGAGCUGAGGCGCAUCGCCUUCGACGCCGAGUGCGAGCCCAGCAACAGCAGCGGGAGCAUCGAGAAGCGCAAGUCCAUGUACACGCGGGACUACAAGAAGCUCGGCUUCAUUAACCACGUGAACCCAGCCAUGGACUUCACGCAGACUCCCCCGGGGAUGCUGGCCCUCGACAACAUGCUCUACUUUGCCAAACACCACCAAGACGCCUACAUCCGGAUCGUCCUGGAGAACAGCAGCCGGGAGGACAAGCACGAAUGUCCCUUUGGCCGCAGCAGCAUCGAGCUGACCAAGAUGCUGUGCGAGAUCCUGAAAGUGGGCGAGCUGCCCAGCGAGACCUGCAAUGACUUCCACCCCAUGUUCUUCACCCACGACCGCUCCUUCGAGGAAUUCUUUUGCAUCUGCAUCCAGCUGCUGAACAAGACCUGGAAGGAGAUGAGAGCCACGUCGGAAGAUUUCAACAAGGUAAUGCAAGUGGUGAAGGAGCAGAUCAUGAGGGCGCUGACCACCAAGCCUAGCUCCCUGGACCAGUUCAAGAGCAAACUGCAGAACCUGAGCUACGCGGAAAUCCUGAAGAUCCGCCAAUCGGAGAGGAUGAACCAGGAGGAUUUCCAGUCUCGGCCCAUCUUGGAACUGAAGGAGAAGAUCCAGCCCGAGAUCUUGGAGCUGAUCAAACAACAGCGCCUGAAUCGCCUCGUCGAGGGCACCUGCUUCAGGAAGCUCAACUCCAGGAGGAGACAAGACAAAUUUUGGUAUUGUCGGCUGUCUCCCAAUCACAAAGUGCUGCACUACGGAGACCUGGAGGAGAGCCCCCAGGGCGAGGUGCCCCACGACUCCCUGCAGGACAAACUGCCCGUGGCCGACAUCAAAGCUGUGGUGACGGGGAAGGACUGCCCACACAUGAAGGAGAAGGGCGCCCUGAAGCAGAACAAGGAGGUCCUGGAGCUCGCCUUCUCCAUCCUCUAUGACUCAAACUGCCAGCUGAAUUUCAUCGCUCCCGAUAAGCACGAGUACUGCAUCUGGACGGACGGCCUCAACGCGCUGCUGGGCAAGGACAUGCUGAGCGACCUCACCCGCAAUGACCUGGACACCCUGCUCAGCAUGGAGAUCAAGCUCCGGCUCCUGGACCUGGAGAACAUCCAGAUCCCGGACGCGCCGCCCCCCAUCCCCAAGGAGCCCAGCAACUACGACUUUGUGUACGACUGUAACUGAGGGCGCCCCCUGCCGGCCCGCCCCGCCCCGGGGCCCCGCGGAACUCAAACACGGCCUCGAUCACUGGAAACGCGCGUGAGAACGCGGUGGGGCCCGCGGGGGCACGGCCAGGGCCCCUCCCCCGCCUCGCCCCCUGCACUUCCUCCCCUCCCCCCUCAGAGACUUCGAGGCUCCGCCCACCUUCUCACUGCUGUAGCCCCAGGACGGAUGGAGCCCCUCCCCCACCGAGGACGCCGACGGGCCCGGCCCGGGCUGGGGGUCGCUGGAGCCCGGCUGCCCCCUCCCGGCCAAGCGGCCGGAGCGCCUGGAGGCAGAGGGGAGGAGCGCCCCGGACCUCUGCGGCCCCCCCAUCCCCGGCCUGUCACCUCCCUCCCUCCUCCGAGCUCCAUCGCCAGGGCUUGACCCCAGAGGAUGAAGUGCUGGACUCGCACGCCCGGCUUCCGCCCGGCCCUGCUCCAGGCCCCGCCCCUGCUCCAGGCCCCGCCCCCUCUUCCUGACGCAUUCUAGGCCCCCUCCCCUUUCCCCAGCUUCCCUCCGGUCUGUUAACUCAAAGCACAAAUUGUGAAGCCCCUAGUUGUGGUCUCCCUCCUCCUCCCCCUCUUCCUCCUCCUCCAUCUCCUCCUUCUCCUCCUCUUCCAUCUCCUCCUUCUCCUCUUCCUUCUUUUCCUUCUCUUCCUCCUCUUCUCCUUUUCCUCCCCCAUCUCCUCCUAUUCCUCUUUUUCUCUCCCUCUCUCUUCCCCUCCCCUCCCCCUCUCUCUCCUCUUGUCUCCUCCUCUCCUUUCCUCUUUCUUCCUCUAACUCCUCUUCUCUCCCCCUUUUUUCUCUUUGUAUCUGUCCCUGUAUUUCCCUCUUUUUCCUGCUUUUCUGCGCAUUUUUCUGUCUGUCUCUCCGUCCCUUUCUUUCUCUCUCUGUUCUUUCCCUCUCUCUGUUUCUUUCUGCCAUUCUGUAGCUCCCUCCUCUCGGUUCUCUCUGUCUCUCUGUCUCUCUGUCUCUCUGUCUCUCUGUCUCUGUCUCUCUGUCUCUCUGUCUCUGGCUCUCUGUGUCUCUGUCUCUCUGUGUCUCUGUCUGUCUCUGGCUCUCCCUCUCUCUCUCUCUCACACACACACACACACACACACACACACACUCUGUGUCUGCACUCGUGCACACGCACACACGUGCACACAGACCCACACAUUCACACACGUGUGUGCCCGCGCCCCCGCACACGCAGACUAACCCUGAAUGCCUCCCCUCCCCCCGGCUCCGGCCCCCGGGCCCCCUUCCUCGGGCGAGGGCUCCGCUUCUCCCUGGGUUCCUCCCGGCCUCGGGGGAGCCGCCAGACCCCCGGUUUCCAUCGCUGUAAUCGUCCCGAGUGUUAGAGAUCUGCGAGGGUUUUUGUUUUUGUUUUGUACAAAAGAGUCUAACAUUUUUUGCCAAACAGAUAUAUAUUUAAUGAAGAGAAGAUAUACAUUAAUGUGUGUACUUUUUGGAGGAUGGCUUUUUUAAUUAUUUCCAUUCCAGACAUUUCCCUGAGAAUAACAUCCCCUUCUCCCACUUGCUGUGUAAUAAAAUCUGAGUUGUGACGA